AUGACAGUUGGAUUUGAUGGUCUUACUUAUACUCUAACACUAGGAAGAAAGAGGGUUGUUGUUUCUGAUGAUGUGAAAGUGUCUCCUCGAUUGAAGAGAAUAUAUCGUGACAGAGUUUCUCUCAACUCUAAGAGGUCUCUCCUUGAUGCCCUUCCUCAGGAUGUUUUGGUCCAAGUGUUGUGUGGUGUGGAUCAUGAAGACUUGAAGCAGCUUUUUCAUGUAUCCAAAACGAUUAGAGAAGCGACCACAGUGGUUAAGAAAUUGCAUUUUGAUAUCAGUACACCAAAGAAGAAAACUUUUGGUUUUCUUAAUCCAUUUGAUUUGGAGGAUGUAAAUGGGUUUGAGGAAAUUGAAGCCCCAAACAGAGUGUUGAGGAAAGCAAAGUCAAGGUUGAAUAGGAAGAAGUUGGAUGACAACGUCUUGCAAGUCUUGUUUGCUUUCAUGGAUGAAGACCAGUGA